AUGGUGGAUAGUUAUUCAGACAAAGUUCUCGCCAGAGAGAAGAGUAACUACUUUCCUGCGAGGGCCACAGGAGGUACAGGCGUUUCUUCAGUCGCUGUGUUACAGCGCCAGGUCGGUGCUGCUGCCGCCCUGGAUAAGGCGUUGUGGGCUGAGGGAUCACGUUUUCUUCCCGCUGACCAGGGGCCCCUUUCUCUACCCCCUACCUCGCAUGCCACCCUGCCUCCCGCCCUCACCCGGCUCCGUCCUCGGGCUCGAGGUUUCGCGGUGUUUUUCAUCCCCGCGCCCCCCCGGGAACAGCCGGGCGAGGCCGCGGUCGCUGUGCGUGUCCGUGUGCUGUGGGCAGAGGGUUGUGCUGAAACACCAGAUUUAGGCUCCUGGGGUCGUUUCGGGCAGAGGAGGGCAGGGGCAGCUGGGCGCAGGCCUCUGCUGACACCAGACAUGGUGGCCGAGGCGAGGGUAGCUGAAGUGAGGGUGGCCGGGAUGAGGGCAGCUGAGGCCGCGGAGCGAGCGGGAGGGCAGGGGCAUCCUGCCGGGAACGGGACCGUGCCCGGCGGGGCUGGUCCCCCGCAACGGUGGAGGAGGAGGCCGCGCCGCAACUCCCUCACGGAGGAGGACGGCAGCCAGGAGUUCUCCACCCGCAGCCACUUCCUCUACUAUCUCUUCAGCCUGGGCACGGAGCUGGGCAACGAGCUCUUCUACAUCCUCUUCUUCCCCUUUUGCAUCUGGAACUUGGACGCCUGGCUGGGCCGGAGGCUUAUCAUCAUCUGGGUGUGGGUGAUGUACCUGGGGCAGUGCACCAAGGAUGUCAUCCGCUGGCCGCGGCCUGCCUCCCCGCCCGUGGUGAAGCUGGAAGUCUUCUACAACUCCGAGUACAGCAUGCCCUCCACCCACGCCAUGUCGGGCACCGCCAUCCCCCUGGCGCUCCUGCUGCUCAGCUACGGCCGCUGGCAGUAUCCCCUUAUGUUUGGACUGAUCCUUGCAUUCUGCUGGUGUUCUUUGGUUUGCUGUAGUCGAAUUUACAUGGGAAUGCAUUCAAUUUUGGAUGUUAUUGCUGGAUUUCUGUAUGCUAUUCUUAUAUUGGUUGUCUUCCAUCCAGUUGUGGACCUGAUUGAUAACUUCAACUUAACUUACAAAUAUGCACCCUUAAUUAUCAUCAGUCUCCAUUUAGCCCUGGGCAUCUUCUCUUUUACUCUAGACACCUGGAGCACAUCGCGAGGAGACACAGCUCAGAUACUGGGCUGCGGUGCUGGAGUAGCCUGUGGCUCUCACGUUAACUACAUAAUGGGUCUAAAGUUAGAUCCUCCUCCCGAGACCUUACCUUUAUCUCUUUCCUCUCUCACUGUGACUGUGUUUGGAAAAGCCAUAUUGCGGUUGUUGAUUGGUGUGAUAGUUCUGUUGUUAACAAAAGUAGUGAUGAAAAAAGCCACUAUUCCACUGGCAUGUAAAAUAUUUCGCAUACCACAUGAUGAUGUACGGAAAGCAAGACAACGCAUGGAAGUUGAGCUUCCCUAUCGCUAUAUUACUUAUGGAAUGGUUGGGUUCUCACUCAUGUUUAUUGUUCCUUGCCUCUUCCAUUUUAUUGGUCUGUCUUGAUGAAGUUUUAUCACUUUAAAUAAGGAGAACAGAGCUAGUUGCUUUUUGAAGAGGUGCACUAGUUUGCUAAGGGAAGGCCAGUGAGCUUGGCUUUAGCAGGGUCUUUAACAGCAGUGCAUAGCAGGCAAAGCAUUUAAAGAACUUUGCACGUCUUUGGGUAUGGUGUGGGGCCAGAAGUCAAAUAUCAGGCCAUGAGAAGUGCUGAACUCUAUAAAUGCUAUGUCUAGACUUAAUUGCUGUUACAAAGUCUGUGUGUGUGUGUGUGUGUGUGUGAUGCAAUGAAUGUACUUGGAAUGUCUGUCAUGCUGUACCUGUAUACAUUGAGAUUUUAACAGGUAUGUCUGACAGCUAAUCAGAAAGCUCCAUUCAUGAUCUGUUUGCCAUUUCAUAGUAAUUUAUUCAAGUUGUUGGACCAUAGACUGCUAAAUUUGCUUUCCUCUAUUCUUUCCAGAAGUCCUGCUUCAAAAUGUUUCAGCUAAUAGGCAUUUUAACGGACCAAACUUGUAAUGAGUUUGAAUUUUUCUAAAAAAGAAAGAGAGCCUUUUUCUUUAGCCCCCUCUACAGAGCAAAAUAUCUGAACUGGUUUUGAUAGAUAUCACUAACAUAUGUGAUUUAGGUACUGUAUUUUAUGGUUUAAUAACUGUGCCUUUCUGUUGCUAAAUUAAGAAAUGCCAUAUAUACUGUGAUGUAAAAAUGCCUAAUUUUAUUUAAAAUCCUACAUGAUUAGGCAGAUGUUUUUAAAUAUUGGAUUGUCCACCUUACUGGCAUGGUUCAAGUUAACCAGAAUAUUCAGUAUAGCCUGAUCAAAACUACAUAAAUGAAAUGACCCAAGAAUUGUGUUCUUAAGUUCAAAAUGUUGUAAAUGGACAAUAAUCCCUUUUGUAAGUAUUUUUAAUGUGUAUUGUAAGUUACUGGAAGAGAAUAUAUUUUUCUGGAGAUUGUUUAUACAGUGAACAGAUAUUCAAAAUUAAUUAUCUAAAUGUGUAAACAAUAAAAACACCCCAUUCUGGAAAGAAAUGGGCCUCACUAUUCCAAACUAAUUUAGAAGGACCAUUGUUUUUAGAUAUUUGCUUAGAAAAUAUAAUCCUUAUUCUAGAAAAAAAAAGUAUUUUUAUGCAUUAACGUACUAUAUUUAAAGGUGAUGAGCACUUUUACCCAAUUUACCUAUAGGAAAAUAUAAUGAUCAAAUUAAAUUUUUAAUCAUUCUGAUAGGCAGAUUGUGAGCAGUCAAGACAGUAUGCAUAAAUGGUUUGUGCAUAUGUAAAUUUUACCAAAUUAUUAUGCACUUUUCAGCUUUUCAUGUUCCUUUUUCCAGUCACAAGUAGAAUAUGACUCCUCAACUGUAAUUUCAUGUGCCUCUUUUGUGUUUCAUUUUGACUGUAUUAAUGCAAUGCCCAAUUUGUUCUUUACAUGUCAGGAACUGUUAUAUUGCAGCAAGAGCUGUCUUAUUGUCUGGCCAGACAUGAAUUAUUUAGUUCUGUAUUGUACAUUUCUUUAAGGGAAAACAUAAUUUGGUUUGGUUGGGAAGUACAGUGAUUAGAUAAAAUACAAAGCUUACAUUUUUUGUAAACAACAUUUGGAAUUGGAAGGGUUUUUUGUAUUGGAGAUCAUAUCUCCAAACUGUUAAUAUGUAAAUUCACAAAAUGAACUUUGUAUCCCUUUCCUCAGAGCAGUCAAAGUUACUGUACACUGGCAUUAGAUGGUGUGAAGAGCUGACUUUUCUGAUGCAUUUCUUCAGUGCAUUCAGAAUGCACCACGAUGAAUGUAUUCAAACCGAUGUAUUCAGAACUGAUAGCGUGUUAAACAACUUCUAUAGUUGAAAAGACCUUACCUAGUAGAAAAUGGUUAGCUUGUUUCAGUGCAUAUUUCCGGAUUUGAUUUUUCUAUCUGUUCUUUUGCAGUUUAAUGCUGAAUGUGCAGUAAAAGGUAUAUCGGUUUCCAAGGUUUUGAGGGGAGGGAUUUCCCACUGGUUUGGCUUUGCACACUAAGAUAGUGAUUAAAUAGCUGGGGGGAAUGUACACAAAAUGCCUUACGCUUAAAGCCCUGAGCAAGUGGUGUAGUUCCAAUUAUAGUAAAUUAUUCUGAGGACCGGUGAAAAUAGGAUAACUUUCUCUGAAAUUUAGGGCAUAUUCUCCUUAAAUAGCUUUACAGUUUGUAGCAAAAAAAUAUUUAAAUUCUAGCACAGAAGUGAGCAAAACUAAUUUUUAAGCUACAUAUUUGGCUUCUAGGAACUUCAAGUUUACAGCACAAGAGUGUUCUUAAAGCUGUGUUUUCUAGCUGUGCUUGCUCUGUUUUACUAUUAAUGGAAAAUAAUAAAAUCUACUGUGGAAGAUACAGAAUGGGUGAAAAAAUAUGCAGGUAGGGCUUUCAACAGUCUAAGGAAAAUUGCACUGUAACUUAUUCUACUGUUACUCAUAAAUACAUAUUUUAUAUUUUUAUACAUUGCAUUGGGUAAUUUCAAAAUGUCAUGUCCCAUGUAUCACAUAGUCUAGUACACAGGAAAUGUAUAUCGGAAUGUUUAUACAGCACCUUUACAACCCUGUCUCUAAGACUGCAACUACUUCACUGAAGUUGAUGUGAAAAAUUUUACUAUUCUGUUUUCAUGUUUUAUAAGGGACUAGGCUCAAGAGGACAGUUUAGCACAAAAUAUCACGCAAUAUGAAUAUUGUUAUAAAGAAUCACAGAAAUGCAAAAAUUAAAAAAUCCAACUUAAAUAUUUGCAUUUUAGUAUAUUUUUGUCUAAUAAUAAGCCAAGAUUCCUUCAAAUCAGGCAUAAGAAAAGAGCAGAUAAAACUGGAGCACUUUCUUUGCCUGUAGCUAUUCCUAGAGCUGAACAUGAAAAAAUGUUUCUAGUAUGAGCAUCAGCUGGUACCAAAUUAUUUAUAAAUAAACUUAACAUAGCUUUAAAAGGUAGGUAAAUAUCUUUUCAGAAGGAUGAUACACUUGAAACCUUUUGUGAAGUGGGACAAAAACGUAUUCAUAUGUCAUUGCUAGUGAACUUCCUCAGUUCUAGGUUGUAUAGUCCUAAAGAGAGAAAUUACUACUUUACAGAAGCAGAUAUCAAUACACAUUUAUUACAAAAAGCUACGAGUUAAAUUUUUAACUUAAUUACUGUAUGAAAUAAAACCUGAAACUGCACUUGACAUGACUGUUAAUUUGGCACACAAUUCUGUUUUCCAAGACGCUGAAGAGACUUGAAUUUGUCUUAGACUGCCUUGAAUGUAGGAGCAGGAUUUGUUAUGACUUAAUCAGAACUAACAUAUGCAUUGCAUCUUGGGUAAGUCCUAGAAUCUAUUAUUUUGAAAAAAGUUUCAUGUUUAUAAAAAAGCUAUUACUUGUGUUUCUGAUACCAUGAACUGGGAUUGAAGUGUCUUUGUCCUGUGUGAUCGCUUAUGAAGCUCUUCAGUCUCUGAUCACAUUUGCCUUAUUACUUUGCAAAUUGGGAAGGGGAGGAAAGGGGAAGGUGGAGAAGUUAUUUUAAGGUAAAUUGGCAAACCAAAGGGAGUAGUAUUUUGUUUAUUUAUUUGGAAAUUUAAAAAAAAAAAAAAAAAAAAGUGCAUUUCUUUUAAAAUGGCAUCUCUAAAUGUGAUAUAUAGCUUUUGUUGUUGGUUUUGGUUUUUUGUUUUUGUUUUUGUUUUUUUUACCAGAACAGUGUUAAAUUGUCUGGAUUUUAAGAGCUGUUAUGUUUUCCUUUGCUAUUAUUUUUUAUUACUGCUUUCAGUAUUUUUUACUCCAUUUCUUGCUUAUUUCCCAGGGAGCCUGAACUUUUUGUAAGCAAUUGCUACUGAUGUGAAGAUUGUAAUUUUGAACUUGUAAAUACUUAAGGGCUGUUAGUGGCUGUUAGCUGCUCAAAUACAUAAAAACAAACCUUGCAUGCUGUAAGUAAAUACAUCUGUUGUGCUAAAAGUUGUUUCUGUUUCAGUAUUUGCUUUCUCAAUAGAAAAUUGAGAUUUUUAUUUUUUACAUACAAUACACAAGAGAUUUAUUAGUUCAGUGGUCUGAAGGGGCAUUGCUCUCUAACUCCUGUUGACUUCACUGGGAGUUCUGCAUCUGGUUCCUUCCCAUAUUACACUGAGAAUGAACCCUGAAGGUUGUAUCCAUGCUCUGACAUGUGUACAGGCAUCAGUGUGUGCAAAGGGACUUACUUUCUAAGGUGUAAAUGUAAUAUACUUGCUUUUGAGGUCUGAGAGAUUGUUCUCUUUAAAAUCAUACUUAGACCAGUUUUCACAAGACUUUUAAAGGGCUUAACGUGGAAGCUGUUUCUUAGUAGUUGGAAUUGGCUGCACAUUUGCAACCCUUCAUUGAUGCUUUCCCCUCCAUACCAUAAUUGUGCUGAAUGACAAAAUCCCAAAAUAAUGUCAGUAGAUAAAAUGAUGACAAGAGAAUUGAUUUCUUGGGGUAUUGUGACUCAACUUUACUGUAAUUGAUUUUUGGGUGGUUUUGGGGUCUAAUGUAGAAUGUUUCUAGGUUAUACAAUUUAUUUAUCUGUUCUACAAAUGACUUUGAGGAAACUUUGACCUUUUUUGAGGGAGGAAGUCUCUUUGAAUUCAUGCAGAACUUUAUUGUAGUGAAAAGCUUAAGUGGCCUUUCUGUUUCAGAAAAAAAAUAAUAGAAGCCUAUUUUAAAAUUUACUGUAAAUACCAUAUUUGUCAAAUUGAUAGAUUAGUUGGGAUGCUAAUGUUGUUUUUCUUCCUGUAAUACUUACUGAAACAAAGGCAAACAAAGCUUAAUUUGAAACAAAAUGUGGUAUUUUGUGACAGAGAGGAUAUAGCUCUUUAGGUGUUCUCUAAAAAGCAAAUAUCACACGCUGGAGUUGAAGCAAAUUUAACUGUGUAUUAGAAAAAUUUCUUUGCAUUCCAUUCUGCAGCAGAAAUAAUUUAUUUGCAUGUUGAUAAGAGUCCAUUUAACAAAAUGAAGCAAAGCAAUAUGUGUUUGCAGUGUAUAAUUAGUAAAUCUUCCUGUAGGAUCAAAGAAUAGAGGGUACACAGGAGAAUGCUACCUUAAAGGUAUUGACCAGUAAAUGUAAAUAAAAGUCCUAUCAAGUUGGAGAAUUUUAUUCGUCACUAAACUUUGACUAAAUUAGUCACUAAGUUUUUCCCACAACUUUAUUUUUGUUAGAAAGUGUAAUGAAAGAAAAGGGUGAUAUUCCUGAAGUGGAAAUUAGAACUUAAGACAAUUCUAGAUGUCUAAAGUAUCAUAACUGAAAGAGAUCAGUUCAGGAGCUAGUAACCUGAAAA